AUGUCCACCGACACUCAUGCGGGGCAAUCCUCCACCAACAAAACAAUCAUAAUAGGCCUCUCAGGUCCCUCAUCAAGCGGGAAGACGACAUUAGCAAGACUCUUGCGUCCCAUAUUCGCUGUGGAUGACAAGAUCCGCACUUUUAUCGUUCACGAAGAUGAUUUCUAUCGCCCUGAUGAUCAAAUACCGGUUGUACGCACCAAAAAAGGUGAUCUAGUACAAGACUGGGAUACCAUUGGCGCUAUCGAUGUUGAUUUCUUAUCUUCUGCAUUGGCCUAUGUGCGUGAACAUGGUACACUGCCGCCUCGACUCAGGAGUAAAGAAGACCAAAACGAGGCCAAAGAUCCGGGUGUUGCGCAAGAUCUAAUCCAGAAGAUCGCUGAGGAAGUGAACCGAAGAUUAAAACAGACGCUUCUCAAGGAUGAAGCAAAAGGGAAUGUGACGAUUGCCUUCUUGGAAGGGUUCUUGUUGUUUGCGCCACCGGCAAGUGAGAAUCCGGGACAUGUUUUGAGACAUGUCCAUGAUAAUAUCCAUCUACAUAUCUUCCUAUCUGCGCCGUAUGAUACUGUCAAGAGUCGCCGGGAGGCGAGGAGUGGCUAUGUAACUAUUGGACCGGCACCGACACCAGCCGCUGAGCGGGAGAAUAGCGAGGAAAAAGACAACAUCCCACAUAAAGGGCCGUCGUCUACAGUUGACUUGGAAAAGGAAGAUGAUAGCGAGCCUCAAAGCUUCUGGACCGAUCCACCCGGUUACGUGGACGAUAUUGUUUGGCCGAGAUAUGUCCAAGAUCAUGCAUGGUUAUUGGCUGCGGAGGAUGAUGAGAUGGGUGGACAGUCACUAGCUGAUCGAUAUGCUGCUAGCCCGAGAAAGACGGACGACGAGUUGUUGAGACUUGCUGGUCAAGCUGUUAAUAUAAGGAGUGAUGCGGGUGUUGUGGUGGCUCCAGGGAAAGGGGAAAAGCCUAUGAGUGAAAUAUUGAGAUGGGCUGUGGACGAGAUAUUGAAUUAUUUGAAAGCGUAA